AUGCUUAUACAACUCCAGGGAUACAACUUCAGGCUCACCUACAACAAGGGAUCUGACAACAUCUUGGCUGACGGACUAUCACGCUUACCAUCACCCGGUAAUUCGGACCCUAUCGAGCUUGAUGUCCGGGUUGAUACUGUCCGUUUCUCUAGUGAUCGUAUUGAACAACUGAGAAACUGCACAACAGCGGACCCUUUGCUUAACCAGCUGAGAGAGACCAUCAUCACUGGAUGGCCAGAGACAAUCAAGCAGCUGCCCACUGACAUCAGAGUGUUCUGGGGUCUAAGAGACCAGCUCUCAAUUGAUGAUGGUCUUAUCCUCAAAGGACAACAAAUCGUCAUUCCCCAGACACUUCAAGAAGACAUCCUAAAGCAGCUUCAUACAGCUCACUUAGGACAGGAGAAAACAAAACUCCUCGCCAAGGACACGGUCUACUGGAAACGCAGACUCACAAGUUCGGAGAUGGAAGACGUAGAGGAUGUAGUGAAACUUAACACAGACAACAAACAAUUAAAAUCAUUCCUCCAGGGUAAAUACCAUAAAGCAAUAACCAUGCAAGAUGUACGAAACCUGAAGCGGAAAGUGAAAAGUGGGGAAAAAAUGUCAGGCAUCGGGAAACCUUCCACCCUUUAUGAAACUUCAAGUCCUGAUUGGGCACCCACAUUGCGCCUUGGACAUGAUAAAGACAAAAAUUCAAGCCGAAAAGUGAGACGCAAGAGGAAAGUUUUGGCUGAUUCCACAGACUCUAUACCACCAUUGUCUGCAUGUAAUCCUGACCUGCAAUUAUGUACACCUUUUCUUAAUAUACCACUUGAACCUUACAACCGUGGUGUCUACAAGCCUUUAGAAAGUAAAGAAGCCAUGGAUCUACUCUGGCUCCCUGAUGAGAUAUUCCUUAACAAACCCCCUUGCCAACCAGCUAAUGGAGAAAUCUAUCUCUUGAAAAUUGGCCCCUUGCAAGAAUCUGGAGAAUGGAAAAAAGAUGGUUAUGAAUGGCUUAAGCGUGGCUCAUCUGUCCUGACAAUAAACCGAAAUCCCGCUUUAAGGAAAUUUACAUUUUGUCUAUCUGUGAAAAACAGGCAGGAUGGUCUCUCUCAGAAACAUGUUUAUCGGCUUUUUAGUAACAAUAGAAAAUUUGUCAUUCAUUACCUUGGGGGUGAUGAGCGUCAGACCAGUUAUCAGCAGUCUGCAGACAUUAAUGAUGUACCAGCAUCACAGUCAAUUUCUGGAAGACCCCAAUAUUACUGUCAAUUGGGCAAUGAUACUCAGCAAACAGACAGCAGCAUUUAUUGGGAUCUUGCAAGUGGAACCAAUGACAAACAAUUGCAAACACAUGUAAUUCCAGAGACAAUGUCCAGUGAAGAAGGAAAUGAAUUGGUCAGUAUUGAACUAAAUAAUCAUGACCAGCAAAGAAUCAACCAUUCAUUUACUCUUAACAAAGUACGUGGCCACAAGCGGUCAGCUAGUGAAACAAACCAUCAACAGCCACGUCGAAUGUUCCCAGAGGUCAUCCCCUUGCAGUUACCAGUUGAAGAAAUGACCUCUAAUUCUGUAGCAUCAGAAGGAGUUGAUAUACAUUCCCAAAGAAUUUCAAGGGAACUCCAAGAACAAAGAAGAGGAAAAACAAACAUUUCUGCAGGAAAUAAUGAUUCCAUAAUUAUUGACGAACAUGAUUCAAUGCCUUCCUUGGCAAAAAUGCCCAGAAUAGAAGCUAGCAUUAUAUCACAUGUUCCUAUGAAUGAAGUGAGAUUCCAAUCCCAGCCUUUCAUUGCUGCUUCUGAAAAGGAAAAACGGACACUUGUAGUCCCCAAUCAUCAAGUAUCUGUUAUGUCUAACAUGUUCUCCUUGUGGAAGACUGGACGUCUAUGUGACACGUACAUCAGUAAUGGGACCACUAAUAUUCUGAUCCACAAGAUGGUUCUUGGAGCUGUUUGCCCAAAAGUCUUAUCUGUCCUGUACAGUACUCCAAGCAAUGUGUUUUCUAAAGUGACCUUCCCCAGUUCUAUAAGCAAAGAAGCCCUUUUGGCCUUUGCAGAAUACAUGUACAGUGGUGUAUUAAACUUAGAUGAAGACAUUCUUUCACAACUAAAAAUCAUUGCCCAGCGACUGGACAUGAAAGACUUUGAGCAGCUGUGUAGCAAUGAACUCCAAAAAGUCAGGAUAACCUCUCUUCUGUCUACCAUAAUGGAACCGAUUCUUUUGGAGCCAGCUUCUCUUUCUGGGCUGCUGUCAAACAAUAAGCAAAAAGCAGCACCAACAAAUGAAAUCCAGCCAGCAGAUUUAAGCCCUCUUUUAAAGCUGCUAGAAAACUCUCACUACUCAGCUAGAUCUCAGUUGCCUGGAUCUAAGCCCACACCUGCGACAACAGUUGCUACAAGUUGCUCUUCAACAUUAGUGUCCCGAGAUACACAAAGAUCCAUGAUUCCAACAACUGGGGAUUCAGAAGUGAAUAUUAAAUCGGAAGAUGAUGACAAUGGCUGCAAGUUCACCGCCAUCAAUUCAUCACAGGAAAGUUCACCGCCAUCAAAUUACUGCGAGGAAGAUUCACCCCCCGAUAACCCUCAUGUAUUAUUUCAUCGCCUUCCUUGGAACAAUAUUCAACUACGGACAGAAUGGGUAAAAUUGGCUGGUUAUAAUCCUUACGAUGCCGAUGAUGUGAAACACAUAACCAAAGACCACCGUAUUUGUAGUUUGCAUUUCGCUUACAGAAAGCGAGGAAUAAACAGGCAGAUGUUACCUGUACCAACUCUUAAUCUACCUCAAGUUGUGAAUGAGAAAAGGAUAAAAUCUAUUUCUGAUGGACAUCAAGCAAACAAUAUGAGCAGACAAAGGAGCCAGCAGACCAACACUGGCAAUAUCUCAGCAUCCUUAAGAAAACCUGUUAACAGAAGGCCUUAUACUUCUCAGCAAGAAUCCUCAUGCUAUGAAGAUGAUAUUGGACAAUCAGUAAAAAAAGCAAAGAAAGAAUUCAACUCCAACAGUGAUGUUCUGGAAGAGGAUUCAUCCAUUGCACAGUCACAACUGCUCAAUUCAGCCAAACCAACAGAAUGUCCUCUCAAGCCAGCUUCUGCCCAGACACCAUUUGCUACUUUCAGCUAUAACACUCCUGUUUCCCAUGCUGUUCCCAACAAACAGAGGUGUAUCUUGAUUGUAUCAAAUCAUCAGCAAUCAGUCAUGACGAGCCUGUCAUCUUUGUGGAAGGCUGGGAAAUUGUGUGAUGCCAUUAUUAGUAAUGGUACAGAAAAUGUCAAGAUUCACAAGAUGGUUUUGAGUGCGGUGUGUCCAAAAAUGCUGAAUAUUUUUGACAGUGUACCCCAAAACAACCUUCCAAAAUACAGAGACAGCAGAUUAAAAUACUUAAGGAAUUCUCUGUCAGCUCGGCCUUUGUUUAAUUACAUGUGA